GAGGCCGGCUAAGUGGCUACACUUCCGGGUGGUGUUGGAAGUGUCUGUAGGGUUGUUGGGUCAUUCAGCUGGUGUGACAGGAAGACCGGGAGGUAGGGGAGCCGGUGCGGACGCCGACACGUGGGGGAGGGACAGCCAGCAUUAGCAGGAGCUCACAAUGGAUCAAGAUUCCCCAAGAAGCUCAGCAGCUGAAAUUCCUGUAACCAGCAAUGGAGACUAUGACGAAACCGUAGAGCACAAUUUUAACAUGGACUUGAAGCGAUCAGUGCCAGUAGGACUUGGCCUUUCAGAAACGCACAUCACCUCUCAUGGCUUUGCUAGCACUAAAGAAGGAAUCGUGGAAGCCGGGCCCUUUCAGGGAUCCUUCUCCAGUCCCAGGUCUCCAGUCAUUUCUCCCAGCAGCACUGCAGCUAGCAGACUGGCUGGACAAGGAGAUGAUUUCAUUGUUCCGUCAGCUGAAGGGCAGAUAAUACAGCAGAGAAGUGGCCCAGUUGUCCUCGCUGAAGAACCAAGAAGUACCGCUAUUGAAAAAUUAGAACUAGUGAGAAGGUGGAGUUUAAAUACAUACAAGUGCACCAGGCAGAUCCUCUCAGAGAAGCUAGGACGGGGCUCAAGAACAGUUGACCUGGAAUUAGAAGCACAGAUAGAAAUUCUGAGAGACAACAAGAAGAAGUAUGAGUAUAUAUUAAAGCUGGCGCAGACGCUCUCCUCACAGCUUUAUCAGAUGGUGCAGACCCAGAGGCAAUUGGGAGAUGCAUUUGCAGACCUCAGCUUAAAAUCUUUAGAGUUACAUGAGGAAUUUGGAUACAAUGCAGACACUCAGAAACUUCUUGCCAAGAAUGGAGAAACGCUUCUGGGGGCCAUCAACUUUUUUAUUUCCAGUGUAAAUACACUAGUUAACAAGACAAUUGAAGACACGCUUGUUACUGUCAAACAGUAUGAGACAUCCAGGAUUGAAUAUGAUGCCUACCGCACAGAUCUGGAGGAGCUCAACUUGGGACCACGAGAUGCAACAACAUUGCCGAAGAUUGAGCAUUCUCAGCAGAUGUUCCAGAUUCACAAGGAAAAGUAUGACAAGAUGAGAAAUGAUGUCUCUAUCAAACUGAAGUUCCUAGAGGAGAACAAGGUUAAAGUUCUUCACAAUCAGCUCGUCUUGUUCCACAAUGCUAUCGCUGCCUACUUUGCCGGGAACCAGAAGCAACUUGAACAAACAUUGAAGCAAUUCCAUGUUAAAUUGAAAAUCCCAGGAGUGGAUGCUCCAUCCUGGCUGGAAGAGCAGUAAUUUAACCAGAAAUGAAGCAGGCGCUCUCCGAUCAGAACCAAUGCAUUUAAUUUGAAGAAAGGGGCUGGGCGUAAACAAUUAUAUUAAUGAUUUCUAUUCACAGACCAAUGUCCGUUUUUAAUACUUUAUCAGGUUGUUAAUGGUGAAACAAGACUUUAUGUAAAUGUCUAUUCUGUAACAUAAUUAAAGGACACUCUUUCUUUCUGUAGAGGUGCGGCAGGCUCUUUAAUUUGGGUAAAAUAGAAAACUACUUUUGCACCGUUAGGCUGGUGCUACAUACAGAUUUUGUUGUGUGACCUCUGCAUUCCAUAGUAAUAUAUAUUCAGGCUCACAAUUACAUGGGACUGCAACAUACGUUUUCCAGAUGCAGCCUAAUUGGAGUUACCUGUAAGCAUCACAACAAAACAUGAUCUAUGGAUAUCAUAUGGAAUGAAAAGGAAAAAUGUAAAGUACAAGUCGCAUGAUCUCUACAAAGUGAGACUUGUAUGUGCUACAGAGAGCCGCGAGAGUCUGUAUGUACCCCAAGCCUUAAAAAAGAAAAAUUGCACAGUUUGUACUUUAUUGGUGGUCGAGUGUAGCAAUUGUACGGAGGGUUUUCAUGAUUUGUACUUGUCUCCAUAGAUUUUUAUAUUUGCAUCUAGGAAAUCGGCAGAAGAGCCACUUUAAUAUAAAGGUUGUUUUUAAAGAGAAUCGCUGUUAUAUUGCAAAGUAAACCUUUUAACCUAUUUGAAAUUUUCACAGAGAAUCACUAAAUAACAGUAAUUGCUAUAGAUGAUGACCGCCUGCUGGACAGAUUCACUUCAUCUCUAAAUCUGUCCGGAAUGUAUAGAAAUAAGGAGGAUAUCAAACUGUAGCUAAGAUAUCAGCCUGCCUCCUGAAGCCUUUCUGUGUCACCAGCUGUGCAGUAGGGGAUUUAUCCCUAUUCUUCUCUAAGAGAAAGGGGGAUUGUUUACCCAGUGCGGAGAGAUUUACAGCACAUUGUCAAUCUGCCAUAGGCCCCUUUUAAUGGUUGAUAGAUCCGAAAUAUUGAGCCACGUGACCAGAUUCAAAUGUUUAUCUAGUCCCCCAACUAGACAGCCGUUGUGUGCUCUAUGUAUGUUUCUUGCAUUGCAGCUAAAGGCUGUAUUACACCUAGCGAUUUUUCGGCAGAUGAUCGCUAACUACGCUCAUUACUGAUUAUCCUGCAGUGUAAUACUGCCGCCGAUUGCCCGAUAAACGAGUUCGUUCAUCAGGCAAUUGUGAUUUUUAAGCAUGCUUAAAAAUCAUUUGCCGGCGGCAGAUCAUGCUGUCUAAUAGUGAUCUGCUGCCGGCUAACCACUAGACAGUAUGAGGACAUGCGAUGGCAUAGCGACCACUCCUCCCCAUGCUGCGGAGGAGAUCGCUGCAUGUAAUAGCAGAGGUAUCCUCCACUAUCUAGCAGGCGAUUGCUGGGAGGGAAUGCUUCCUUCUCGACAAUCGCUUGCUCAAUCAGCCUGUGUAAUACAGGCUUCAGUCCCAUUCACCUGAAUGUGGAUUAGCUGCAAUAACCAGACACAGCCCAUGAACAGGAGUAGUGAUGUCUCAUCAUGAUUGUAGACUUUCAAGUGUCAGCAGAUAUCCAUAUGCGAUACUCGGCUGUCGUCAUAGCUCAUGUUACUAUCCACAUAGUGGUAGCCAGAUAGUGAUUAUUUAAAGGGGUUCUGUGGGUGACCUAUACUUGGGAUAGGGCAUCAAUAUCAGAUGGAUGGGUGGAAUCAUCUAGACAUAAGUCCCAGAAAACUCCUUUAAGAGGCACGGUUUGCUGGGUGUAAUUGAUUAAAUGAAAUUAGAAAAUUUAGUUCUUUUGUUUCCAGAGUGUUUGGGAAUCACCUUACAUGCAUCAUUCUUAUUAUUGGUUUGAAGGGUAACUAAACAUUUGUAUAAAAAAAAAAUCAAAAAGGGGCAGAAGCGCUGCUCUGAGUGCUCUGCAGCUUAAUGUUUCAUUGCUGCUGCUCAGCUGUCAGAGCAUGACCUGCUUUAAGGGGGACAAUAUAUAUGUCGCAGCUAAAGGAAUAGCCUUGUGCUUCCCCUUUAGCUUUGCCACAUGUAUGACCUAAAGAUCACACCUUCCAGGUCUCUGAAAAUGGGGAUCGGUGAAGUAUUGUGAGGGUGGAGGAUUGCCUAAUACUCCAGACAAAGCUGAAUUUUCUGUUUCACAGUACUCCUAUGUACAGUUACACAAGGGAACAGUGCAGGUUACUGCCAUAAAAUAUAUGUAAGCAUUUGCUGCAGAAAGUGCUACUGAUCCAUCAGUUUACACGGAGAAAUCAUUCCACCCUUACAGAUAACUUGUGUUGGGGUAGAGGAGGGAUUCUCUGUGCCUUAAGGCUCCAAAUUGCACUCCAGUAUCACUCCAUAGAACAGCUUUUAUGUUCCAUUAUUGUCUUGGACCUUGAAAAACCAAAUAUAUGUGCCUGUGCUACCAGAUGAAGAUGUGUCAGGGUAAUGGGUGUGUGCUCUAUAAAACCUACUGGCCUUAAUUCGCAGUGAUGUGCCUUUUACAAUGUAUGACCAGGUUGUUUCACAACUGGGCUUUUAGAUGACUUUUUCCUGUAACUUUUCUUUCUCAGUGCGGAACGGUGUAAGUGCACUAAUUCUGCUUGUUCCAGGUCCAGAAUGCAAUGCCAGGAGAAGCUGCUCACGCACACCUUCUCUUUGGAUUCAUUCUCAUUGUCAGGCAAUGUUGUUGUUUUUUUAUCAUGUAUGUUCCUCACUUGGAGAAGUGGCAUUCCUUUGUGUUUUAUUGAGUAUCUCUUACACAGAUUGACUUUAUUUACAGUAUUUACUCUAUUAAAUGUAUUGUGUGAUUUGUGUAUCAUAUGUUGAAUAGUCCUAUCAUGCAAUAGUUCCAAUGGUUAUUACUAGUGUCUAUUUACAUCAUGUAUGUGAUCUUCUCAUUGUCCAAUAUAUUUUCUAUCUUGAAUACUCUUCUUGUAAUAAUAGAUUACCAUCAACCCUUAA